UGCUUUGAGAAUCUGCAGUAUUUUUUUAUCUGUUGAUUUGUAUUGGCCAUUUUCCUGGAUUUUUUUACUGUCAACCUGUGAUCAUGACAACCAGCAGAGGGGGCCAGUUCAGAGCAAAAACAAGGCGCAGUUGUGAGUCCAUUGAUGAUGAUGUAAACAUACAUGGCUGUUUUCCAGAUGCGUGCAUGAGGCGUUCGCGACAUGCUUCUGAGUAUAGUCUAAAAUGAGCAUCAUACUCCUUAAAUUAGCUAAACCACUGCCAAAAGGUUUCAAAAUCUGCAGAGAAAUAUUUAGCACACGUGGUCAAAUUUUUAUGUCUCAGUAAUAUAAAACUCGCUGUUUCUGUGUCGUGUUUGAUACUUUUAAAGUUCCCCGCUGUACUAAACGUCCCACCGCCCCUGAAGCACCCUCGCUGUACGCUCGGCGUGAUUGAUGCUUUUUCGGGCUGCUUUUGUGCGUGUAAACUGAGCUGUUCGCUUCUGCAAACUGCACGGAACAGAAGAGAAGACGCCGGGGUUCGCGUUAGCGGCUCGGCUCCUGUACAAAUGAACCCCACGUAAAAGGUGCCAAGGAGCUGCGAAGCAGCAGAGUUUUUGUACGGCUUCGAGUUAGCUUCUGCUAGCUAGCUGAGCCGCGGUCAGUGCAUGGCUACGCAGAAACGCGGUCCUGGCUCUCUCCCACGCAGACUCUUGACAUGGGGAGUAAAAUGUCCUUCGGCAGAGGAAGCAGUGACCCAAAUACAGUGUCUGAGUUAACUUCUGUGGCACCUCAUCCUCUCAGUUCCAUUCAUGUGCCUCCGGACUGCAAACAGAUACCCGAAGACAAUAUAUACAGUGAGGGAGACCUGGACUCCAGGUGGGAAGGAGAAAUGAAAGCAACAGAGCUGAGUCAACCUGUGCUUGAGUCCCACUCGUCUGGAUGCCUGGAGCCUGAUGUACGUGUCAACUCUGAAGCAGUAGGUGGAUUAAAGUGCAGACAGAGUGAACUCAUGUCGUCGCAGGUAGGGAUGGAAGCAGCGCCUCAAAUUAAUUCUGCAAGCGUGUGCAGCUCCACAACAGACAGUCAUGUGGAGGUCCACAGAAGGCGCAGGAGGCGUCGUAGAAUGGACGAGCUGCUGAUCGAUGAGAGAAGAGACUCAGAUCUUGCUGGUAAUGAUGCACUUCAGCACGGGGAGGUCAGCACAACAAUACCUUUGCCAACGUGUUUAGUUAACCACAGCGAUGGUUCACGUACUGCCGUAGAUAGUCUCUUAAUCAAUGAUUCAUCUCGUAAGGAGAUGCCUGGUCCUCAUGUUGCCUCAGAUGAACAAGUAGAAGGUGGCAUCUCUUUGCGGCAAAGAAAAAGAAGACGACAGCCAAAAGACCCUGAUAUCACAGCUGCUGAAAACACGGCGCCUGAACCUGCUGCUGCCAGCACUCUUGUUGCUCCUCCUGCUGCGCCUCCUGUUCCACCUCCUCUGCCUAAUGCUAAUAAUAUUAGCAUCCCCACACGGAGACUAAGGAGUAGACGACAGCAGCAUUCUUCAACAGAGGAUGGAAAGUUGGACUCUCACAGCAAGGAAGACGUAAAGCAAACUGAAGCGACUACACCCAACUUUCCACAUGCUAAAAGAAGGAGGACUAGGUUGCAUAUUGAUCAGCAAGUUCCAACCAAAGUAUCCAAGCUGGAUGAUUCCCAGGAGGCUUUGCCAGUGUUAAGCAACAACACAGACUGUGAGGGGAAAGCGGAGACAGAUAAACAGGUGGAGCUGUACACUGACAAACAAGGGACUGAUAGGGACGAAAAGGGUGAUCAACUCUCCUCGCAGUCUGGAGAACGACAGGAGAAACUAAAGACAUGUACUUUAUCUCGAAAAAAUUACCACACAGAACCUGAAGUUAUGCCUUCAGAGGGUCUAAACUUAGUAAGCACUUCUCCAACUGAUAACACUAUAAUUAAGCAUUCAGCAGACAUGAAGGAAUCACAAUCAAAAACCUGUAAAUCUCCAACAAAUGCAGAGUUGCAGAAGUCAGAGCCCUCUAGCACAGAUAUCGUAACGUCCUCUGAACCAACACCUAAAUCUGUUGUGAUCCUGCCCACUGUGAAAUCUGAGAAUGAAGAGAUAGAGGUGGGCCAUUUAAAUCCUGUGUCUCAGUCAGAUAGUCCUAAAGCUUUUCAGCACAGUGCCAACACUACAGUUAAAUCAGAGGCUCCAAACACUCAGCAAAACAUGUUUAGGCGCAAGAGAGGCGGCAAGAGAAGGAGAAGAAUAACUAAUGUUUUGUUACCGAAAGCGCCUGUUGUAGAGAACCAUGAAGCCAGCAGUGAUGCUCCACCAAAAACAGACUGUGGUGAUGCAGAUAACGAAGCCAACUCUGACUCAAAUAUUCUCUAUACAAAAAAAGGGGGUAAAACACUGUUGAAAUGUGGCUACUGUGACCGUACAUUUAAAUUCCUGUCUCAGUUUGUAAUCCAUCAACGUAUUCAUACGGGCGAAAGGCCUUUCAAAUGCAAAGAAUGUGGCAAGGGUUUCAGCAAAAAUUCCAACUUAAAUCUUCAUCUCAAGACACACAGAAAGAGCAACAUAUAUCAGAAAUGCCCGUUUUGCAAGAUUAAAUUCUCUUGCUCGGAGUACGGCUCGCAUAUGAAGAUGCACGCACAUGAGCUGGACCAGGAGAGUAAGAAUAACAAAGCUGAAAAACGAAGCAGAGGCGGCGACAGUGAAAACAAACAGGGAGUUCCGAAAGCAGAGAAGAGGGAUAGAAAAGUUUGCCAGUACUGUGGUAAAACGUUCCCAUUUCAGUCCGCCCUCAUUAGACACGUCCGCGUCCACACGGGAGAGAAGCCUUAUAAGUGUGAUAUAUGUGGCAAAGCUUUCGGUCAGGCCUAUUUCCUCCGUGUUCACGAGCUGACGCACUGGUCUGUGAAGCGUUACAACUGCACUCGCUGCGAAAAGUCAUUCACGCACUAUAGCAAUGCAAAAAAUCACACGUGCCGGCCUACGGGAGACAUAGAUUUGCAACCGAACAGUAAAGCGAACAGAACCGUAAAGCCUUCGCUGACGUACACGUGCCACAUCUGCAAGAACAUUUUUGACCAUCUGCAGGAGUUCAACAGCCACAUGAGAGACCACACCGGUGCAAAGCUUUAUCGCUGCUUGUAUUGUGACAAGCUGUUCGGUGUGCUGUCUGAGUUUAACGCCCAUCGCAGUCAGUGUAAAGUAGAAAAAAAUACCUCUAGCUUUGCCAUAAAGGAGGAGGAGACCAUGUCAUUAAUUCAGUACUCGGUGCCUGCCCUUAGGUGUUCGUCAGGAAACAAUUCAGCCCCUCUCCCUGCUGCAAAUUACAUACCGCAGAAAAUAGAGCCGCAAACCAGCUGCAAGAAUCGCCCUGCUAACUUAAAGAAACCUUUCCAGUCGACGGUCAUACCGGCUCAUCACCUCUCGCACCUCGUGGCAAAGUUAAACAAACUAGAUAACAGAUCAGACCCCAGGAAAUAUCUAUGUCCGAGCUGUGGGCGGCUGUUCAGACAUAUGGGCCGCCUCAGGGCCCACAUGUUAACGCACUCCCCGGGUCAAAGCUACACCUGCGCCUGUUGUGGUAAGACGCUAGGAAACUGGAAAAAACUGUGGCAUCACCAGAGAAUCCAUCGUCAGAGACGUGGCCGCUUCACUUGCUCUCAGUGCGGACAGGGUUUUCGGUUCAUGGAGCCUUACAAAAAACACAUGAGCGAGCACCCGGAGUUCCAGUGGGUGCAGGUCAGACCGAAGAAAGUGUUUCUGCCUUAUCAGUGUGAGCAGUGCAGAUGCAGCUUUAAGACUCUAGACCUGCUGUUCAGUCACCAGCUCUGCCAUUCCCCAUCGCAAGACACACGCAAGGAUUUCGAUUUAUUCGUAGUCGAUCACAAUGCACAGUCAAAUAAGAAAAUACUCAACCCUUCCGCCAACAACAAUAUAACAACAAUACAUACAACAGCCGAGGAAAACAAAUAUCCAGCAUGUCAAGUGUCACCUCUUGCACCAAUGAUUUCUUUUGUCCAUAAUCAGGGUCUUGAUUUGGGCAAUUCUUCGCAGUAUCGUCCCAGCAGGACACAUCCAACACUAGACGGAGAAACUAGUCAUGAAAGCGUAGAUGAAAACGCACUAGGAAAACCUAUUACACCUUUAAGAACUGUGAAAAGACACAUGACACAAACUGCCAGCAUUUCAAAUGAAGCGUCUUCAGAUGGUGUUCAGUGCGCUGUGUGUGGAAAUGCAUAUCCUGCCAUUUCAGACCUUUAUCAGCAUUAUUUGAUGCAUGCUAGAGGUCAGGUAUAACGCUCUGUAUUCAAAUAGGGUGCACCUUUUUCAAUGUGCAUCUGUGUUUCUGACAACUUUUAACUUUCUAGCUUGAGAAUAGAAAGCAUAAAAACACUGUUGUACACCCAGAAAACUUCAAAUUAUUUGACUGUGUCAAGUUUCAUGAAAUUUUGAGUCUGUUUUCAUGGAGUUUAGUAAGCGACUUCAGGUAGAAGCCACUAACGUAACCUUUAGUUUCUAUAAUUACAUUUCUUACAAGUUAACACUAGAUGGAAAAUUUUAAAUUUGAUUCAGUUGGAUUGUGCCAGCGGGGUUUGGAGCCCAGUGUGUCUAACCAGAAUAAUGUAAUUGGCUAUAAAAUGGUGUUUAUGAAUACAGAAAUGACCAAAAAUGGAAAAUCUGAAUUUAAUUUGGAGAUAUUGAUAGAAAAGAACUAACCAGUGAAAUAUUCUGAUCCCUUGCGUAUUCUUGUUACUCCGCAUCCUACUGGAAUUUGUAUUUUACAGCUUGGAAAAGAGACAAUAGUGGAAAAGGUUGCUUUGGAUUCAUAAACUUGUUAUUGUCAUUAAUAUUCAGCAGAUUUCAAACACUUUCACCUCCUCAUGAUGUGUCUAAUAACUAUAUGACCACUGUGAAUCCAAAUUUCAAACUUCCAAUCAUGCUGAUGUUUUCUUGUCCUAAAGUCGAAGUGUACUGAUUUCAAACUCGCAUCAGUAUUUUGUAUUUACAUUUCAAGAGUGAAUAAGAGCUUUGCACAUAUUUGUCAUAUUGUGGACUGAAAUCGGUCAUCGUCAGGCUUGAGUUUAUUGGAAUCGUGAAAAUAUAACAUUUCAAAUGCUGUUUCCUGGAUGGACGUCUUGCUCUGUUGUAAAUAAUUUUAUGCUACAGUUUGUCUUAAAAACAAUAAAAGGCCACUUUUGUA